AAACGAAAUGAGCUGCAAGCAACCCUCAGCAUCAAGAACUCAAGAGCGCGGGGUUGCUAUUCUAAUUAGACCCUUAGCGAACUAGACCCUCGCUCGCUAUCAUGUCAGCAGCAUAUUAUUGAUCAAGUUACGCAUCCGUAAUAUGAAUCGAAAUAUAAUUGCUCAUUUUAAGUGUCUUGUCAUACAUCAACACGCUGUUGCCUUGUUCAUGCCUCAUUCCAUUCCAUUCUCUAUUUGCAUUUGAAUUUUCGACAUUUCUCAUUUCCCACGUAGUCUACCCGGAUUGUGUGGACAACCCCUCCUCGAGGACAUCGGGCAACGGGCAUCGGACAUCGGAUCGCUAGGCGUUCAGUUUUAAUCGCACCAGACUUACGGGAUCUUGCUUAACAUUAUUAAGUACAAUAUUUUUCACCUGAAUUCCAUAUUAAGCGCUUACUUAAGAGCAAUCGCGCAGAUUGAGAAUGCCUGGGUAGCUCUUUUCGUUGUUGAUCCUUUUGUUGUGUUGCGUUUUUGCCUCUGCGAAAAGCUUGCUUUAAAUUAUUUGCCCUUGGCUGAUCUUGCGUCCCCGAGUCUGCGCUCGCUCUCUCUCUCUUUAAUCUGCUUAAGCGGCACGCGAUUAGGCUCCUUGCAACCUCUGCAAGUGCCCCUAGCUUCUGCUUCGGCUGCUGCGGCAGCAGGCUUAGUUAAGCGCGUGGCGAUUAAAACUGCUGCCACUUGAACUUAAUUCGAGAGAAAAGGCAGUUGACUAAGCCAGCUUAGUUAGAGGCAAACCAAGAGGCUAGGGUGGAUAUGGAUAAUACUUAUAUUUGCUAGUCUAUUGAUUUGUUCAAUCAAUCAAACAGUCGAUUAAUAAAGCACGCUUGCAUCAUAAACGUGCAUAUUGCUCAAUAGAUGAAUGAAGCGCCCUGCUGAACAACCCUUGCCUUCGCCUUUGCAUUGCCGCUGUCCAGAGACAAAAGCAGCAGCUACCCACAGGUACUUCACACACAAAUCAGACAAACGUAGCGGCCAUACAACGUCCGGCCAUGCCAAAGGAUGUGCUCUGAGCACACAACUGUCAUAAGGAAUAGAGGAGAGAGAGAGAAUGAGAGCGAGAGAGAGCAGGUAGUUUGCUCAACGGAAAAAGACCAUAAAAGACCCCAGAGCCAAGAGUUGAGAAUGAGCCGCUCGCUCUGUGUGCUCUCUCAAUGAAUUUUCGCAAUGGCAGCUCGACUGCCUGUCAGGAUCAAAAAUCUCUGCCUGCCCGUUAGAGGCAAUGCGUGCGAGUGAGCCGGCGAUAGAACAACCCCUCUCUGUUGUACGGUGGCCAACGACCAAUAAACGCGCACGUCGAACUACCUAAGGGUGAUCGACUGAAUGGUGAGCUGUGCGAGCGCAGGACUAUUAAAACAGGAGCUGGGUGGUGAGCAGACAACACAAUCAUCCGUGAUCUCAACGAGUCCACUUCGCCCAAAAACCGUCGCUCGUCUCGUCUCCCGUGUCGUCGUGUCGCAAGCAAAGAAACUCAAACCAAAAUCGAAACUGUUCUUAGUGACAAGCAAUUGAUUGAAAUUGCAGUGCAGUGUCAAACAACCAAAAAAAAAGAAAGCAAAAAGAAAUUCAUUUCUUCAUCCAUAAAUUGUGCCUAUUAAAUCGCCAAAAUUACGCCCCACAUCGGUAUGCAGUCGUCGGAGGGUUCGCCAGAUAUGAUGGAUCAAAAGUACAACAGCGUGCGCUUGUCGCCAGCACAAUCCAGUCGCAUACUUUACCAUGUGCCUUGCAAGGUUUGCCGGGAUCACAGCUCCGGCAAACACUACGGCAUCUAUGCCUGCGAUGGCUGUGCCGGCUUCUUUAAGCGCAGCAUACGCCGCUCACGCCAAUAUGUGUGCAAAUCACAGAAACAAGGACUCUGCGUCGUGGAUAAAACACAUCGCAAUCAAUGCCGCGCUUGCCGUUUGCGCAAAUGCUUUGAGGUUGGCAUGAACAAGGAUGCAGUUCAACAUGAGCGUGGACCACGCAACUCGACGCUGCGUCGCCACAUGGCCAUGUAUAAGGAUGCCAUGCUCGGUGCCGCCGAAAUGCCACAAAUCCCACCAGAGAUACUGAUGAACACGGCAGCACUCACAGGCUUCCCCGGCAUGCCCAUGCCCAUGCCCAAUGUGCAGCGUAGUCAUCAUCAUCCCGCCCUCGGUGCUGGCUUCCAGCCACCGCCGCCUGCCGCUGUGCUCGAUCUCUCGGUGCCCCGCGUGCCCCAUCAUCCCGUGCAUCAGGGCCAUCAUGGCUUCUUCUCGCCCACCGCCGCCUACAUGAAUGCCUUGGCUACCCGAGCACUGCCUCCAACACCGCCUCUAAUGGCUGCCGAGCACAUCAAGGAAACCGCUGCGGAACAUCUGUUCAAGAACGUCAACUGGAUCAAGAGUGUGCGCGCCUUCACCGAGUUGCCCAUGCCCGAUCAAUUGCUGCUGCUCGAGGAGUCGUGGAAGGAGUUCUUCAUCCUCGCCAUGGCUCAGUAUCUGAUGCCCAUGAACUUUGCCCAGCUGCUGUUCGUUUACGAGUCGGAGAAUGCCAAUCGUGAGAUUGUGGCCGUCGUUUCUCGGGAAGUGCACGCCUUCCAGGAUGUGUUGAAUCAGUUGUGCCAUCUGAAUAUCGAUAGCACCGAAUACGAGUGUCUGCGUGCCAUUUCGCUUUUCCGCAAAUCGCCGCCGGCUGCAAGCUCUACUGAGGAUCUGGCCAACAGCUCCAUACUCACCGGCAGCGGUAGUCCCAACUCGAGUGCCUCGGCUGAAUCUCGUGGCCUGCUCGAGUCCGGCAAAGUGGCUGCGAUGCACAACGAUGCUCGCAAUGCGCUGCACAAUUACAUUUCGCGCACUCAUCCGAAUCAACCGUUGCGCUUCCAGACGCUGCUCGGCGUCGUCUCGCUGAUGCACAAAGUGUCCAGCUUCACCAUCGAGGAGCUGUUCUUCCGCAAGACCAUUGGUGACAUCACAAUUGUGCGUCUGAUCUCUGAUAUGUACAGUCAGCGCAAGAUCUAAAGAAUUGGAGUUGAAGGUCGCAAAGUCUGAAAUGGAAAUCGAAUUUUGCCGUCGGCAAAUAUUCGCAUCCUCAUCGCACUUGAAGUGCCUUCGUAGUGCUGGAAACUGUGAUAUCUAGUGUCGAAGUCGGAAAUGAAUCUCCAGAACAUUGGACAAUAUUCAACAGUGAACUGCUGCAGAAAGCUAACUACUUAAUUACCCACUAUACCAUAUAAAAAAACCUCUCGGAGUUGAGCCUUAAAAAAAUGUGUAUUCAAUCUAUCCACAAACGUGAUUCAAAUUGCAUUCCGAAAAGUUGAAACUUUUUGUUGUAUACUCAUAUAUAGAAUUAAUCUUAAUUAGUUGUAAGCUCAUAUCAUAUG